AUAGAUAGCACACUAUCACUAUUGGUCGAAAAAUCGCGCUUGUGUUUUAUUGGAGAAAAAUCCUAAUGGACUCUUGAAACUACGGUGGUCAUCCUGUCAACAAAUAUGCUAUUGAUUGUAGGACAAAAUCUACUCAGAUUUCCCCGGAUAAAAACAACAAGUUACACAUUUAACAAAUCUAUUAAGGACUGUCAUGUAUUCGCCAUUUCAAAUCGAUCUCCAUUUUAAUAAGUCUGGCAUAAUAAAUGCUAGAAUUUAACACUUCUUAAGAUAGAAAAGAGACACCAAAAAUUACAAGGACAGUUCAUGAAUUUCAGUAUCAUUGCCAUAGUCUCUAGAUACAAGAUUCCAUCUUCAUGAAUCCAGGAUUUGAUAUAUCAACAAGAAAUGUAUACAAAAGAGAAAAUAUUGCGUGAAUCCAAAUUUAAACCGUUCCCUGGCCCGCACACUCCCGGUCCCCCCUCCCCUCCCCUUCUACGGUCCCCCUUUCCCUCCUCUGCUACUCAAUUCCGCAGGGUAUAAUUGGUAGAAGGGGAGGGGCCGCCGGGUUGCCGCCGAACCAGGGUUCUCCUGGUUUCCCAGGUUCCCCAGGUGUUAGUAAUCCGCAAUCCGUCCUAGCAUCAUGACCCAAGGUUCUGAUCUAGGACUCCAGGUACCCCAGGUACCUCAGGUACUCCAAGUACCCCAGGAGUAUAUAGUUCCUGUUGGGCAUAUAAACUCUAAACUAAGCAGUGUAUCAGGAUAUGCCAAAUCUAGCAAGGUUCCUUGCAACCCGUCCAUCAACCACAAUUUACCCAAGGGUCUUGUUAUUGUUCAGGUUGAUAAUACGAGACAGGAAGGAGAAGGAGGGAUAGAGGAUCAUAAACUUCUUCCGGUUUAUGAUUCUGUUCUAAAAUCUUCAAUCUCACAAGAAUAUAUCGUCAAAUCAUCGAACUCUCAUACAUAUGAGGUCAAUCCCUCCAAUCCUCAGAAAAAUGACGGCAAAUCCUCCAAUCCUGAAAUCUAUGGAGUGAAAUCCCCCAACCUUCAGUAUAAUGAGAUUAAACCGUCACAAACCUAUGAAGUUAAAUCAACUACCUUGAAACCUAACGGGAUUAAAUCCACAAUACAUUCGUCCCUCAAAUCCCAAAAUCCCCGAGAGAACAUGUCACACAGAAAUCCCAUUGAAGGAGAAGGACAAAAACAGGAUAUUUUGGCCUCAGCCACUCACCAACUUAUCCACGGGUUCCCUCCCUACGAGGAGGAGGAGGAGGAGGAGGAGGAAGAAGAGGAGUACGACGAGGAUGUUGAUGAUGAUUAUGAGGAUCCAGACUAUUGUCCUGACGACCCUGACGAAGGAUACAGAACUAACUCAUCGACAGGCUCACCAUCCUCCUCAAUACACUCCCCCUCCCCGGGGACCGGGGAGAGGAAGGGGGAGCUGGGCGAGGUCCAGAGGGAGGACGAGGAAGGGAACCUCAUGUGGUUGGUCGACUUUAAGCUAGACUUCUUUAAUGAUAUUGAAAAGAACGCAGAGAGAGAGCGAGAACAGAAAAGUGUAAUGAAUCCUCAAGCACAGUAA